AGAUGCAGUCAGAGCAUCCUCAGGCACAUUAAUAAUGGAGGAGUCUGACAGGAGCAGCUUUGCCUGUCUUUGUUUUCCACUGUAGGUGAAGGGAGACAUGGAUCUCUCUGUUUUGCCAAAUAACAACCAUCCUGACAAAUUCCUGCAGCUUGACGUAAAGUCUUUAACGAGGAGCUCAGCCCUCCUUCAGGCCAGCCUGGCGAGGUUUCCGGGUGGAAAUUAUCCUGCUGCACAACACUGGCAAAACCUUGUCUACUCACAGAAGGAAAAGAAGAAUAUUGCUGCUCAACGAAUUAGGGGAUCCAGUGCAGACAGCCUUGUCACUGCUGAUAGCCCCCCACCAUCCAUGUCAUCAGUUAUGAAGAAUAACCCACUCUAUGGUGACCUAAGUUUGGAGGAAGCUAUGGAAGAAAGAAAAAAGAACCCCUCAUGGACCAUUGAGGAAUAUGACAAACGUUCCCUGCACACAAACCUCUCUGGACAUCUGAAGGAAAAUCCUAAUGACCUGCGGUUUUGGUUGGGAGACAUGUACACUCCAGGUUUUGACACUUUAUUGAAAAAGGAAGAGAAACAAGAGAAGCAUUCAAAAUUCUGUCGUAUGGGUCUGAUUUUACUUGUCGUUAUCUCCAUCUUGGUUACCAUAGUGACUAUCAUUACUUUUUUCACCUGAGGAAACUCCAACAGUCAGAGCUACUUUAAAUUUCCUAAAAAUUUUUCUGAUAAACAUUUGAAACCACCCCCCACCAAAAUAACAAAAAAACACAUGUACAUGCAGUGUGAAUGGAUUGUUGAUUGUAUUAUUAAAUGUAAUUGUCCUGAAGAAUGUGAAUGUCGGGCGUGGUAUGCUGGCUUCUCCACUUUGUUCUAUAAAAGCUUUAUAAGAGUGCCAGCCUGAACUUUGUCCUUUGGGAAGCAGGAAUUCUGAGGACCAUAAUCACAGAAUAGUCCCUAUAUGCAACCCACAUUAAAUAUCUUUAUAGGGAGCAAACAGUAUCAAAAAUUGUCAGCAGCUUUGUUUUCAUGCUUAAACUAUAUUAACCUUGUUUUAAAAAUACUGUUAACUCUUUACCACCUCAUCCUCCUGUGAUCACCAGAAAAGUUUGAGCUGAUAAUUUUUUUUUAACCAACUGCUGGGUAGCUAGGAUAAAAAUCUUCUGGUUGUGCUGCCAACUGAGUUAGAUUCAUUCUCUGUUUUAUUUUCCUGUAUUUCUGUUUACGUCAGAAAAAAGGAAAAAGGGAAAUAUCUUAUUCAAAUCUAUUCUUAUUUCCCCAGUAAUCAUCUAUGAUGCCCCAAUUUCAUGUUGCAAUUUUAAUAGAAUUAAACUUGGAUAGGCCAUAGUUACAUAAUUAAUUACAUUUAGAUCCAAUUUAUCCAAAUUGGCUGUGACCCUUGGUGGCAGUCAGUGUGUAUAUAUUACCAACCAUGGUCUAGGUUGGGGGUCCCUAGGAAAGCAGAGGGAAAGGAAAGCAGAGGGAAUACUGCUAAGAGAACAGAGUUUGAAGCCUAACUGCUACUUGCUAACAGACUCUGGCAAGUUAUUCUCUCAGAGAAGGAAUGAUAUUACCUGCCCAACAGGGCUGGCCAAAGGACCAAAUACAAAACAGGUAUGAACAGUAUCUGGCUCGAAAUAAGCAGUUGCUUAAUUAAAGGCAGUUGUUAUUAUUAAUUUAUGCUAGCUAAUUGACAACCUGAGUUUACCUUCCAUUGUCUGCAGAUACCUGGGGACAUGGUUGUAGACACAGAUGGGGAAUCAAGUCACCACCCUGCCCUUCCUUCUAGAACAUCCUUUCCUAAGCCCCUCAUUCCCACUCUUUUCUCAUCUUUAAACAACCCAGCCAAAGGCUAUCUUAUGCAAGAAACAAAAGAGGGACUUUCUCUUCUUCCCAUGAGCCUAAAGUAAGAUUUUGUCCUUUGAUAUUGCCAUAUCAUUUUGUUGUAUUUGUCUUAAAGAUGCUUGAAAUAAAGUACAGUAAAAGACAGUUUGGGCUGGGCGCGGUGGCUCGCACCUGUAAUCCCAGCACUUUGGGAGGCUGAGGUGGGUGGAUCAUGAGGUCAGGAGUUCGAGACCAGCCUGGUCAACAUAGUGAAACCCCGUCUCUAUUAAAAGUACAAAAAUUAGCCAGGGCUUGGUGGCGGACACCUGUAGUCUCAGCUACUUGGGAGGCUGAGGCAGGAGAAUCUCUCGAACCCUGGAGGCAGAGGUUGCAGUGAGCCGAGAUUGUGCCACUGCACUCUAGCCUGGGUGACAGAGUGAGACUUCCAUAAAAAAAAAAAAAAAAAAAAAAAAAAAAAAAAAAAAAAAAAAGAGACAGUUUUACUGGACAAUAAAGUUGUUGUGUAGAAAAAAA